AUGGACUACCUUAUGUUGGAUGAUCAGGGAAAUUACUUGGGUCUGCCUUUUCAGCCGACUAUAACAAAUGGAGGUACCUCAACUUGGGCUCAGGCUCCUGGUGUUCCUUACAUGGUUGGUAGCAAUGUUGGUGGACCUAUGGAGACUAGGCAUAGAAGUUCCACAAGGUUCUCACAUUCUCCCCUUGACCUUCGGAAUCCAAACUUCCAUCAUCCUGCACCGCUUAUUGAAGGAGUAAGGGGCCACAGCAUUAAUGUACACCCGCAAGAGGCAGCAGUUCCUUAUUACUUUCCAGUGAGUUAUACCUCACAGAGCACCAUGAAUCCUUCACAGGAUGGUUUGGAGGUGGGGCGUAGGCAUUUCGGACCAGUUCCACCUGCUGGCGUCGCAGGGAGAGUGUUGCGUUACCUGAGACUUCUCUGGGACACCGUAAUCUCCCUCACUUGAGAGUUCUUCCACCUGAUGGGGUUGCUGUACUAGAGUUCCCAGAAUUUUACGAAGAAGUUGGGAAUCUUAUAGAUCAUCACAGAGAUAUGCGCUUGGAUAUAGAGGAAAUGUCUUACGAGGUAUGAAGAAGCCCAUUAGAUGUUGUCUUGUCUUGCAUGUUAUGGCUUUAAUUUUACUGACCCUUUCCUCGAACUUUCCGAAUGACCACAGGAGUUGCUCGCGCUGGGAGAGCGGAUUGGCAAUGUUAACACCGGUUUAUCAGAU